CUGAAAAAACCAACACAGUGUUUCGGUGGCGGUUUACAGGCAGCUCAGAGCGGGACCGUUGAAAAUGAAAACAAUCUAUAGUGUGAGGGUUUAUUUAGUCCGGAAUAACGAGUUGUUGCUGAAAGCGGAAAAGCUUUUUGUUUAAUUACGUGGCAGUAAGUUAAGCACACGGUUUUAAAUAACCGGAAGCCACAGUGUUUGUUUACGUUUUCUUUUCUCAGCAGACCGCCUCUGAAUGUAUUGUAUUGGCUUUUGUAAUCUCUGGUAAAAACGUCUUAAAAAUAAAAUAGCCACAUGUAGCCUUUUGCUAUUUCACCUCCGUACGUAACUUUAGUGUCUGAAACAGGAGGUAAAAAAAACUCAAAAUGCCUCCAAAGAAGCAUCAGCUGCGACUGACAGCAGUCAAUGCGUCUAGCUCGAUGGAUCCCGAGUCGGAGGACAUUAGCCUGGAGACCACCGUGCCAACCACCGAAGACGUGUCCUCAUCAGACGAGCAGAGAGACGGAUCCCAGAAAGUGACCCGUCAGCUGCUGGAGAGGAAGGAGCUGCUGUACAGCCUCAAGCUGCUGAAGAUCGAGCUGGCUCAGAAGAACCUCAUCAUAGACAACAUGAAGGCCGACCAAAUGUCUAAGAUUGAGGAGCUGGAGGAGAAACUUAAUGAUGCUGUGCAUCAGAAACAAAUACUGACCCUGAGGCUGGACAGUCAGCUGAAACUCGCUCAGGAAGAGAACAGGAAAGAGCAAACUCUGCGUAAACAGGAGAUGGAGACCAUCCUGCUGAGGCAGCAGCAGCUGGAGGAGACAAACCGACAACUGUGUGAAAAAGCUGGAGAGCUGCGGAAGUCUCUGAGAGAUCUGGAGAUCUCCCUGGACCGGUACCAGGAGCUGAGGGACCUCCCUGAGGACAAGCUGUCCAUACAGGAAUAUGUCGCUAUUCGUUUCCAUGAGGUCGUUACUCCACUGAAGGCUCAAGUGGCCGAACUGAGUGUAAAGAAAGGCAGUUUGAAUGAAGAACUGGACACACACAGAACACAGCUGAAGGCUUUGAUGGAGAGCUACGAGGAGGAGCGACGGCUGCGUGCAGAGGUGGAGCUGAGGUGCCAGAGACUGACUCUGGAACUGGCUGAUACCAAGCAGCAGAUCCAGGAGGGAGACUACCGUCUUGUCAACUACCCAAACAUCAAACGAGACCGUGACAACCUUGAAGCAGAGAUGAAGGAGUACAAACGGAAGUGUCACUCAUUAGACUUAGCUCACACGGCACUGAGCAGAGAAAGGGAGAAACUCAGUAAAGAGGUGGCGACAUUGCAGCAGGCAGUGGCUUUUCUGGAAAAGGACAAGGAGUAUCUCCACAGGCAGAACACGGAGCUGAGUGUUCGCUGUGCUCAUGAACAAGACCGUGUGGAGAGGCUUCAGGUGCAAUUAGAAGACACGAAGAAGGCCAGGGAGGAUUCCUAUGAAAAAUAUGUAGCGUCCAGAGACAAGUAUAAGAUGGAGUAUGAAAGCAAGUUAAGAGAAGAGCUGGAGAACAUCAGACUCAAGACGCACCAGGAGAUCGACAAGCUGCAGAGAUCCUCCAGGGAGAUGUACGAACGAGAGAACAGGAACCUGCGGGAGGCCAGAGACAAUGCAGUGUUGGAGAAAGACAGAGCAGUGGCAGCUGAAAGAGACACUCAGUCCAGAUACGACCAGCUGCUGGAACAGUUCCGUCAGCUGCAGCUGGGCACUGACAGCCGGGUGGCAGAACUGUCAAACCAGGCCAAGCUGCACUCCUUCGAAGCCCAACGUGCUCAGAUGGUCAAGGAGGAGACGGCAAAGGUUCUGGCCCAGUGUCAGAUGGAGUGUGAAAAGCAGCAGAAGAAGCUGGAGCUCCUCACUCAGGAGUUCUACAGGCUGCAGACGUCGUCAGAGAAGCGAGCGGCCGAGCUGCAGUCCCAGAAUGCCGGGCAGGCCCCACGCCUGGAGACCUACGAAAAACUGGAACAGGAGUUGGACCAGGUCACGAUGCAGGCUGCCGAGAUUGAGGAUGAAGACGAGGCAGAGAGGGUUUUGUUCUCGUACGGCUACGGAGCCAAUGUUCCCACAACGGCCAGAAGACGACUGAAGCAGAGUGUUCACCUGGCACGCAGGGUGUUGCAGCUGGAGCGGCAGAACACGUCACUCAGACGGGAGCUGGAAACACACAAGUCGCAAGCGGGACAGGUAUCUGACGAGUUGUCAGCAGCCAGCCGUCUGUUGGAGCUGACGCAGCAGCCUCACAGCUACCUGAUCGAGACGGUACGACAGAGGGACGCACAGAUCAGCACGCUGAAGGAGCGCGUCUCCUCGCUGGAGGAUGACGUCAGUUCUCUGAGGAAAGAACGGACUGCACUGCAACAUACCAAAAACAUCAUGGCUGCCGAUCUGGAGAAACUUCUUAGUCAUCAAGAGGAGUUAGCUAUGAUGAAGCAGGUCCUCGUCAACAUGCAGUCCAAACAGGGAGACACUGGGAGUCCGCCGGAGUUGUCCAAACCAGCUGUCAGGACGUGCGGUGCAGGGAGGCAGCAGUCCAAACGUGUGAACAGGGCUGCAGUGGAGGAGUCACCAAACAAACCCAAACCCAUUGUGUUUACCCAUAGAGAAGCUACGGACUGGCGCCGAAAUCCCAAGCAGAAACCAAAAUGAUUGUCAUCGAAACAAGACCUCUGCUGCGAUCGACUGGGUCUCACUCAGGUCUAACAGUCUUAUGAUUUACAUCUGAACUCUUUGGAUUUUCUGAAGCUGUGAAUUACUCACAGAAGGCACAGAAAUCAUUCCUCUGGUGUUUGUGUUUUGUUUUCUUCCCUGGUUACAGAUUAUUUGGUGAGGAUAAAUCCUCAUCUUCAUCCUGGUCCAGAACUAGAAGGUAGUACCUUCCAACGGGGUACACAUUCCCACACUAAGAGACUGCCCAAAAAUUCCUCUUCCUUGGCAGGGCUGUGUUUUAUUAGGUCUGUCUAUCAUUAUUUAUUCAUCGUUUCCAGCUUUUGCAGAUAACGGUGGCCACGGACAAAUACGGUUGAAGGAAACUCGGCUUUUGAUUCACACGAGCCGAGACUCCUUUGGCUUUAAAUAUAGACAUAGCAGACAUACCUUUUAUCAUUUCAGACCAUGUUCUUAUCGGUGUCAUAUUAAACACCAGCAGCGACUGCUACUCAGCUUGUUUGUCACUUUUCCUUAUCUGAGAUCUUUUUUUUUUUCUUCUAAAAGAGUCAGGUCAUAGUGCAACACAAAUCCACCUCACUUGCUUUUUAUACUAGAACAAACAUCACAUUAGAACUUAAGAAAAGGCUUAUCUGAGCUCUGACUAAACAUUUUAUGUAAAUAUCGCACAGUGUCAGGUUUUAACAUUUUAUCUGCUUAAUGUACAGUCACAGCUUCAAAACGGUAGGUGUAAAAUGUGUCCCUUUUUUGUACUUUCUAAAUAGCAUUAUUCUUCUAACUAAACAAUGUAGAACGAUUACUGUAAAGAUUUUCAAAUAUUGUUUUUUUCUGAAUGAGAUACUUAAUUGUAAUAACUUUGUACAAUUGUUACAUUUUAUAAUUAUUAUGAGGAUUUUUUUUGUUUGUUUUGGCUUGGAUGUUUCUUUUAUUUUGUAAAUUGGGUUUAAUUUUGAAUACUGCUUUUGUUUUUAUUGUAUUUGCACCAUUUUAUUUUGAAGCAUCCUGUCACUGAGUAUUUAAAGGUGCAGUAUUUUUUAUUUAUUUAUUCUAGAUUUUACCAAUUGUUUAUUUUUUUGUAUGUGAAAUCUGUUGGAAAUAUUUGAAUGUACCUAUUUUUUUAUACCCAAUCAGUGUCACCUGAGAAUAUUUUGUUUGUUUUGUCUUCAUUGUCACAAAAAACACUGUGAAAUCCUACCACAUGCACCUUUAACUGAUAUACAUGGACUAAAUAGAUUGUAGACACAAAUAAAACAGUUGAGGUUGUCUACAUUUUUAGACAAACUCAUUGGUGUUCACCACAA